AGUGUGUGUUUUUUUGUUUUCGCUCGCGCGGUUGAUCGCGAUUGUCGUUUUGACUUCUGAUAAAUUGGAUUCCGUUCUUCUCGGAAAUAUCGUGAACGAUCUUGCGACGCGAAUGGCAGUAUCAAGUUCGCGCCUCGGUACUUUGUGAUCCCAAGUAUAAUAUAAUAAUAUAAUAUAAUAUGCGAGCGCAUAUCGCUUGACGCCGGUUCGGAACAAUUAGAUUGCGUGCAAUCGUGCGAUUUUGUGAUUCUAACGAUUUCAGCGAUAAUUAUGGAUGAUUGCCCGUACGCGCGCACUGCGGCCCACAUCGCGGUCGCUCUGAGUGAGACGUUAUUACGUCACGCGGCUUGAUGAAUUGGCGGGAAUCCGAGAGGAAGAAUCAGUGUGAAAUUCGCGCAAAUGCAAAUCUACCUAAACAACGCGUCGCUGGACAAUAUGGCGUAUCGUGGAACGUGCCGAUGCCGUCAAGCUUGAUCCAAGUAGACCAGCCGGAAUGAUCGAUCCGAGUUCGACGACUUUGCGGCGGGUGACCCGUUGACGUUGAAUGGCGGUAUCUUGAUCUCGCGCGGAAUCGAUGACCAACAGUGCGGGUGGUGCGGCAUGUCGGUGCGCUAGCAGCAGCAUACCCGGUUGUGUGACGUCGUUGUAAAAGUUGACUGAUUAGUGUGACGAUGAUUUUAAUCAGUGCAAGGAAGCGGCGAAUAAUCAUGAUCGUGCUGGCGGUAUCGUUGCUGCUUCUUCGGGCUCAUCGAGCAGCGGGUUCCGAACGUUUGGCUUUGUUGUCAAGCACCCUGAAGACCUAUCAACGCGCCGCCUGCGACGAGGAAAUGAUGACGUUGAAAUGCCCACCCGGUACAACCAUCCUUGUCGAACACGCUCAGUAUGGAAGAACGGGAAUGCAUGGCAUCAGCAAAUGCAACUCGUCCGUUCCCCCGAUGAUCGCGGGGGAGGACGAGCCGACGAAUCACACAUGCAUCUGGCCGCAAUCAGUGCAGCACUCACUGUUACAGAGGGUGGUCGGAGUCUGCCAGAAAAAGCGGCAGUGCAAGUUUAACACCAACCCGCAGACCUUACAGGGCGACCCAUGUCCCAGACUGCGAAAGUACAUCGAGGUCGCCUACAAAUGCCGUCCCUACGAGUUCAGGAGUAAAGUGGCUUGCGAGAACGAUGUCAUCAAUCUCGUUUGCUUCCCCAGCCAAAGGGUUGUGAUCUUCAGCGCGUCUUUUGGCAGAACGCAAUAUGAGUCCCUGCAAUGUCCGCAGCCGCGGGGCGUGCAAGAGGAAAACUGCAUGAUGAAUUUUGCAACGGAAAUCGUAAUGCAAUUAUGCCACGGUAAACGACGAUGCUCGGUGGUAGCUAACAGCACAACGUUUGGUCGACCCGAUCCUUGCAGCCCGAACAGCAAGACCUAUCUCAAAGUCGUGUAUACCUGUGUUCCGAGAUCGGUGUUACGGAAGCAAUACGAAGGCGAGGUCGAGCCAGAUGAGCUGGAGUUGAUACCCGAGUUCGAGGAGGGCUUCGACCGAGUGGACUUUAGGACGGAAUUCAGCCCCAGUCCGAACCUCGAAGGACCGCAGCCGCAGCCUCGGGACAACGUUUCCAGAAAUCUUCCGACCGUCAGCUCAUCCCCGCCUCGUGCACGGACCAACAAUGACGUGGACGCACGGUUGAACAUGUUAAAGUCGCUCGGUAUCGGGGCGAAACAUUUACCCUUAUCGCCUUUACCGCCCAUGGUUAUCCAGGGGGUUGCAAUGGCGAGCGACAACGGGGUUGAUAAUGCCGCAACCACAUCGGGCGCCGUCGGCGCAUCCGGAAACUGCACUACCGUCGUCUACGCGUUUCCGGAAGAGGAGGAUCACCUCGUGGUUGGAUACCUCAAUGAGUGGAUCAAUGCAUAUUCCUUCAUAACGAACAACCAAGAAAAGUUUUACCUCUACAUUAUCGUAUCGGUCAGCGCCGGUAUCUUGCUCUUUCUGGGAUUGGUUAUUGGCCGCCUGUUAGUCAGCCGGCAUCGCGCCAAGAGGGAUGCAAAGUUCCAUGCGAAUAACGAGGCUCUUCCAAAUGGAUUCACCGACGAUAUUUCCGAAAUUGAUGCGGAUAUCGAUCUUACCACACCGGUCGCAGUACCAAUGCAAGACGCAAGAUUGUCCGAAACUCAGUUGGCCGAGAGGCUUCACGGCGAACGUUACUAUGCCGAUACAAGGAUACCUCUGUCGCCAACGAGCAUCCACGUCGCGUCGGUGCCUCACGCGACUAACACGGGGAUGCGCGUCGAUCUUGGAAAUCAUAUGGUUGGCACGGAUAAUCUUCACACGAUCCUCCGCACGGAGAAUCCCCGGAGCCUCAACAGCAAAAGCUAUUACUACGGCUGACAAGAGGAAGGGGUUGUCCCGCGCGAGGGACGACCCCCGUCCUUGAGCCCGGUGCCGGAAGUAAGCACGCGAAAAUAUUGCUUUUAAAUUUGAGGGAAGACGCGCAGACUUACGGCAGAGGCUUAUUCGUCGCUUACACCGAGCCGCUGUAAAUUAUGCUGUUGAACUUAUGGAGAAAAUUGUGCCAUUUAUAUCGCACCGCGAAUUACGGUAGAUAGUGACAGUGCAAUCUCAGAUUUGUCGAACUAACUUUAAUGACAAGCACCUGCUGGGAACUGAACAGACUUACACCCUGCGGAUUUUUCUAUGUCUGCAAAAGUGUCGUCCAUUUUUCGGGAUUCGCGCAAAAGUUCUCGAGGAGUGUAUAAUCUAUCGUCGGCAAGGGGAGAAUCAUAUAGUCACGACACAUUGUUUUGUUGCAAUAUUGCAACGAGAACGUGUAGCGAUAUGUUAAAAAAGUGUUGACUUAUAAAUGUGUAUAAAUAAGAAUGCUCGAGCGAGGAGAGGAGAAGGAGUUUUUCCGAAUAAAAUUGGAAUAGUUUUAAGGACCAUCGCAAGCAUUUAUGUUAUAUUAUGCAUUUAAUCGCUCACGACAGAGAAAGAAUGAUCUCGAUUAUGCAAGCAGACACGUGAGAGAAUUCGAAUCUGGUCACUCUUUCGAAUACGAAUUAACAGACGAGUAUCAAGAAAAUAGACGUGUAUUACUGAUGAUAUUUAUUUCUAUGAAUUACCAAGCUGUCGACGGAUUUUUGAGUUUCGUUGUUUAAUAUAGAUAGAGACAUAUCUUGCGAAGACUGUGUUACCGGACCUCGAUAUUCGUCGAUCGAACAAUCUACUCUUACUGUAUAUCUUGUAUUCGCCGUAUACUUGACUGUUAUACCCUCGGUAGAAUCUCACUAAACGAAAUGAGUUUCAUGAAGCAUAUCGACUGGCCGGUAACGUUUCUGCCGACAAACUUCUGAAACCUUUGAUUUGCGCGAUCUAGGUAUCUGGUGACCAGCAGUGAGUCAGUGAAAGAAAUCACCGGGUCAGGCAUUCAUCUCGAGAAUGUCGACAAUAUGGAAAGUAACAUUGAUAUAUUUAUGAGUAAUAUUUUCUAUAUAAUUUCGUCAAACGAGAUUUGUGUUAGAGCAAAGAGUUUCCUUGUGUGAAAUCUAUAACGCGAUCUUGUUAGGAAAAAAAACAAGACCUAAUAUUAAUCGAGGUUCUUUAAACCGAUCACCAUUCGCGCGCCAGCUGGAAAUUAUCGACCAGUAUGACUGUAGGAACAGCGGCCGCACGUAAUCACGCCCACACUCAAGAAAAAUCUCUCAACGAACUUACAGCGGUUUUGUAUACCGAAGCUACGCUGCCAUAGUCGCGAGACGAUUUUUAUAGAAAUUGGUACGUAUGUAUGUAUUAUAUAUCACGCUGUAAAUAGGGUUGUGUGAUGUAAUAUAUGGAUAAGUCAGCGAGAGGAACGCGCGUAAUAAGACUUAAAUCGAAACGGUCGGAGAUUGUAACUGAGGGUCGCCCUUUGUGCCAUACAAUCGAUUUUGCAAUCGUCCGGGAAAGCGGGAGAGCGCCUCUCUGUCAGAGCUUGCGGAAACUCUCCCUCGUGGAUAAGGAGAUUAGUAAUAAUAUAAGCAGAGUUCGGAUUUUUCUUCCAUGUAAAUUGGUAUGUGGAUUUCGACCAGCGAUGCGCAAUCUUGUUUGUCACGUGUCAUCUUUCUCACAAUUAGCUAUUGAUCGCAGAAUUAAAUAUAAGAAUGAUAAUCGAGUCGCACACAUCAAUUAGUGAAAUCGAAAUAGUGUGAGGAUGUUAGUCGAUAUAUAUAUAUCGAUAAGUUUACGUGAUAGAAUCGAUGAAUAUCAGAUCUCAGAAAUUUAUUCGUCAUAAUUGAAUGCAAUUUUAAAACAUUUGCAUAUUUUUUAACACAAGCUCAAUAUCUCUUCUUAUUUCAGAAAUAUUGAAUUUUAAUUUCUUCAGGGCAUAUUCUGACUUUAUCGAGCACAAUAAUAUAAUUUAUCUACUUUCUCGUAGAAAAAUGAAUCGAAAUCCCGCGUCACGUGAGAAGAUAUUAUGAUAGAUUGCGCAUCCACGGAAUUGCACUGUUGUUCUUUCUAUCAUUAGCCACGUUAAUGUGUAAUUUCGCUCAACUGCCCGUAGUGUACAACAAAUCCGAGCUCCAGCAAACCCUGCCUCCCUCUUUCGUUCUCGUUGUUUGUACGUCGUUCGGUAAGUCGUAAUCCCCCGAACUCGCAUACAGUCGUCGUUAUGGCAAAUCGAUCUCGCGGGUAUCCGGCGACGCGGAGUCGCAUUUUCGACACAUCAGCGAGGUCGUUAACGUAAUAACGCCCACACUGAUCGUUAUCUUUAAGGGCUAAGUCAUCAAUUAGGUGAUACGUCGAGGUCGCCGUAUGAACAUCGCGAAUGCCAUAUAAUUUGACACAUCUCGCACGAGGAGCACGAUCGUCGGGAACAUAUAUAUAUAUAUAUAUAUAUAUAUAUAUAUAUAUAUAUAUAUAUAUAUAUAUAUAUAUAUAUCAUUCUCACCGAUUGAUUUUUCACGACCGUAUAUAUCGAGGCAAAACACACAUGCGAAUCUCACUAUACUCGUGCGAGAAAAUUAAACAUAUUUUUACAUGAGAGUAUAGUAGAUUUUUGCAUGAGAUCUACUAAUUUUUAUAUAUGAUUGGUAUUUUUUUAUUUUUUCUAUUUCUUGAAAUACUUCGCGAAGGAGAGAGAUCCGUUAAUCGACAUUUUUCGACACCUCUCUCUCUAUUUAUUUAUCUUUUUUUAAGAAUCUUUUCAUUAUCUUGGGCGAAUGAGUACAAGGGCUGUCCAUAAAGAAACGGAACUUUAAAAAAAGCCAAAUGCAGUGACGUGGGGCCAUCUACUUUGUAGUGUCUAGUGGAAUUCUUUAAUAAUUUUCUGACACUACGAACAUGACGCUAUUGUUUUUAGUUUACGUUUUAUGGUGAUUUAAAUGAGGUUAUGUUUUGCGUUUGUGGCGUUUUUUUUUUUUCUCUUUUCUUUUAAGAUUUUUUUGCAACGCUUGAGAGAGUCAGUGAAAAACAAACGACCGGAGGCGUGUGCGAACGAUUCAAUGCUGCAUCGCGACAAUGCAUUCACACAAGCGUUAUUUUUUAUCAACGAAUCUUUCACAAAACACGCGAUGACUAUUGUCCAUUUCUCUACUUUUCGUUUCGGAUCCUUUUUUUAAAGUUCGAGUUCUUUAUGGACUCUUGUAUAAGUAAGCGGGUAGAUUAUUUUGAAGAUUGGGUUGAGGCCAUUGAAAAGAAUUAUUUUGUUCCACAAAAUAAAAAUUGAUUUUUUAAUCUCAAAGUUCUAUAAAACAAAAUUCUAUAUUAUAAUUAUUUUUAUUUUAAAUAAAUCUUCAUUGCAAUCAAGUCACGUUUAGCAAAACUUAUAAAAAAUAUUUUCCAAAUUAACUUGUGUUUAUUUUAAUACACACACACAUACACGCGCGCGCGCGCGCGCGCGCACACACACACACACACACACACACACACACACAUAUAUAUAUAUAUAUGUCUAUAAUUUAUUAUCUGUAGCUUGCACAAAUCGUACCAGAUAUAACACCAAAGAUCGCUCUCAAAACAAAAACAAGCAAUAUCGCGAGCAACAUCGAUAACACAAUUUCCGUGAUUCUGUGACGCGGAUCGCAAGGAUGUAACCGAACGUGUAAUCGAGCACCGACUGAAAAUAUAAUUAUCGGAUGUCAUCAUCGCGCGGCGAGAUCUGAAAACUUGAAAAUGAGUUCUCCCGCCGUCCAGAUGCAAUUACGUACGCCUGCAGGUGCCCGCUUUCUUUCUUUCUUCUUUUUUAGAUGGUCAGCAUUAAUUAAGGUUUAUGUAUAUCGCAAAGCUGUACCAGAAACCGCCAUUCGGGAGAAAAUCCUCUCUCAUCAGAGAGAAUGCUUCUUCUUCGUUAUUAUUCUUCCACUUCUCGCAACGCUCGUGAACCCCUCGAGCUUUCCUUUUGUGAGGAAACCCCUGCGGAAUUUCAGCCCCUUGUAUUUAUGCAAAUAGCGUUAUGUAACACGUAUACGUCCCGAGGGACUCGAAAACCCGGAAACACUCGUCACUCUCGCUUUUAUUUUCUCCCUCUUCUUUUAUUAUUAUACCGUUAUUUUCAUUUCUUUUAUUUUUGUCGAGACGCGUCAAUAAUAUCAUUCUUUAUCUACAGCUCUUUGAAUUCUGUUCUAUAAAUGAUAGACAUCUCAUUCUCAGAAUACAGUAACGCGUUCCAUUAAUAUGUUGCGUUAAAAAUAUCGCCGAUGGUUCAGCAGCAGAGCAAUCGAUGUCGCUAUUAAAGUCUAAAUUUGUCUUAUGCUAACUUAUGAGACUUUAAAUAUAUUUUCUUAUCAAUAUAUUUUUUACAUUACACUUUUUGUAUUUUUCUUUAUUUUGCUGAUCGUGUCGCGAGAUCAGAAAAUAAAAGUAAUCCCUCUAGGGAACUGUUCCACAUUUAUUGUUCGAAUGACGACGCUUUUCGUUUACCCAUCAGUAUUUACUUGACAAGACGCAAAUCGCAAAUUGCCGCAAGCGUUCGUCGUCUGAGAUGCAAAUUAGCCUCGUGUAAAUACGUGUAUAUUAUAGGAAGGAUCCCUUAUACGAUCUACCUUAACGCUUGCCUCGUCAUCUUCCUAUUUUCCAAACUGCGCUGCUUUUCAUUGCUAGCGGAAUCUUUGAAAAUCCUUGAAAAUCCCUCAUUAUCGAUAGCGAGCUCGCGGUUGUAUUAUUUAUCCUCGCAUCCCAUCUAGCUCUCAUCCAGCGGGGACGAAUGAAUUAUACCAAAGACAUUUUAUUGAACGGCGAUCGAUCGAUCAGCGAUUGGAAAAGCCGACAGAUUACGCACGUAUUUCUUUCACUGCGGAUUGUGACUGACAUUACUGAUAAAAAAAAGAAAAAGAAAAAAAAAACAGGCAAGUGAUAUUUUGUUGAGAAAUUGAAAUUUUUAUUCGCGUAGAACGUGUAUUAUAUAUGAAAUAGUGCGUAAUGCUGUAAUAAUGGUUUGUUAAUGGACGAAAUGUUAGGAGGUAAUGCGAUUAUGUGGAGGAAGCAUUUAUCAUAAAUGCUUGUAAUAAACAUUUGUUCCACAUCGCCGUUACUACCCUCUAUUAUUAUGCUAUGCAUUAAUGUCAUUACACGUUCGUGCAAUGCUAUCGGAGAAUUUUGCAUAUAAUGUUAUCGCGCUAUUUCAAGCACAUAAGCGUACUAAGACCUACGAAAUAGGAUACUGAAAAAAAUAAGUUUUUCUUCUUGACCAAUAUUUUCUUUUUCUUUUUCAACUGAUAACGCUAAUUAACAAAACACAAUCAGGACAGAUAGUGUAAACGAAUAAAGGGAUUCGUGUGCGAAUAUUGCUGA